UUAAAACAUAAAAUUAGGUACAUAAUGCUUGCCGCUUGGCAAAAGGGCGAACUCCUAUAAAGCUAUUUACUGCCCAGAUUAUCACGUGAUGCCCAGAUGUUCUGAAAGGACCACGUUUCACUUUUCUGGAGUCCAUUUAAUUGCGUCAUUGCUAGCAGACUUAACAGUAAUUCAUUCAUUUUACAAUUAGAAAAUUAGGCGGACUCGAUAAACAAGGUCAUGGAUGGAUAUAACUUACCAAACAAGGCCCUGUCUGACAACGGUGAUUCCCGGCUGGCCGUCGCUCCAAAUGAUCCAUCUUUGGAUGAGGUGCCAGAUGCAGUCUUGCUAUCACCCACUUCGCCCUCUGGUUCAACUGUAACGUACUGUAGUCGAAUACAAAGUCACCGAAACACGGACGAUCAUUAUGCCAAUUAUGCACAGGACAAGCUGCGGUCGUUUCUGCAGUAUUUGGAUCAAGAAGGUCAGAAUACCGAAGUUGGCACAGGGGACUCAGUAAAAUGCAAUUUCGUCCAGCACGGGAUGGAAAUUGUAACAGAGUCCGAUGGAAAGUUCCAUCAAGAAACCAUGGAAUUCUUAGACGAUCAGGAAGCGUUAAUACUCAGGCUGCGUUUGCAGUUGAACAAAGAAGCCGAAAAGUCUGCUUUGGCUUUACACGAAGCACAGGAGCUAUACCAGAAGCGCUUAAAACAACAACGGGAUAUGUCCAACGGUAAACUGAAAUCGCUGCAGCUCGUGUUAGAUCAGUGCAACGAGGAAAAGAAAGUUCUUUGUGAGCGCUGUGAAACCAUCAGCGCAGAUAUUAAGCAGAUCCAAAUAAAGUACGAGAGACGAGCGGAGGAACAAGAAAUGAGACACCGGGACGAUCUGAAGCGGGCGAGAUCUCAGUGGGAGAUAUCAGAAAAAGAGCGGCAGAAAAAAUGGAUACAGCAACGUGCCAACCAGAUCAAAGAAAGCACUCUGAGAAGUGUGGAACCAGAAAUAGAGCGUAUAUUAUCUUUGCACAAGGAUGAAAUGCGACAAGUACAGGAAGCUUACGAUCAUCAUCGCCGUAAGUCUGAAGAAACGGCGAACUUAGCUAUUCAAGAGAAACUCAGUCAUCUGGAACACAAAUUUGCUCAACGUGCUGACGACAUUCGGAAGCAGGAACGCCAAUUAGCCGACGACCUAUGCAAUCAAAAAGCUGCCGAGAUUGAGCAGCGACUGCAUCUGGAACUAGCUAAAAGAGAUGAGGAAAUGUGCGUUAACAAACAAAUUUACGAAGAACGCCUGCAAACACAAGCCGACGAUUUUGUCCGUUUGCGCUAUGAAUUUGGAAAGGAAAAACAAAAGGAGCUGGCGCAAUGUAAUGAAAAGGCCAAAGCCGAUCUGACAGAAUCAGAGCAACGGCAUCAGGUACCUUCGUAUUCGGUGGAAAUUGAACGCCGCCUAGCAGAGGUUAAUCAAAGCUUCGAACUAUGGAAAAAGGACCACUUUAAGUCUCAAGAUCUUGUGCUAGCGAAAAAAUUUGACGAGAUGAAGCUUGCAACCAGGAUUUCCCGCGAUGCUGAAAUAGCAGAAGCCAUGGGCAUAUUAGCGAGCGAGAUCAGCAGAUUGCAGCUGGAUAUGGACGUUCGCAUUAAAGCCAAGAUGGUCCGGUUACACGAAGAGCACCAGAGCGAAGUUACUGAGCUUCAGGAAACAGCUGACCGAUGGAAAGUGGUCGCUAACAACGCAACAGAGCAGUUAAGAUUUCGUGACAAUCUUACUAAAAGUCACCAGGACAUGCAAACAAAAUUGGAAUGCGAGUUGCGAGCAUGCCAGCAGUCACUUGAAGCGAUGAAGCAAGAGCGCACAACUUUACUGGAAGACACAGUGAAGACAUAUAGCGAGCGUCUGCAGAAUAUGGACAUUCAAGUGCAACGGUUGACCAAAGAACUGGCGGAGAGCCAUGACAUACGAAAAACGGAAACAGAUAGUCUACAGAAGCGAAUUGCCAUCAUGAAACGGGAAAACGAUUCUGCACUCGAUGCUAUAAGCGAAAAAGUGAGGCCGAUGUUAAGCAAAAAAGACGCCAAGAUUGAUAUGCUUCGGCAGCAACUGUUAGCGGUACAUGAGCAAAACGCACAAACAGCUGUUUCCCACAACCGCAACAAGCUGCAGCCUGCCCAAAUUCGUUCCAUAUCUGCCGCAUCACGCUCGGGGUCGAACAGACAUAUCCAGCAAGCCCAAAAGCAGGGAAAUGGGAAAUCCUAAAUGAUCGACGGCUCUAGACUCCAGUUGUUUGUUGUCAAUUGAAUAGACAAUUUGGGCAAAGUGCGGCAGUAGCAAUACAAAUGGCUAUAGCCAUAGCCGUCUCGUAGACGGACCACGGGACGGCUAUUGCUACAGUCAUUGGUAUUGCUACUGCCGCAUUUUGCCCAAAUUGUCUAAUGUGUUCUAAAAGCUUUUCCCCAUGGUUCGGUUUCUAUCUUUUUGUUCGCAGUGCUCUACUACGUAGAAAGCGAAAUUUUGUAACCUGCAAGGCACGUUACCUAGUUGAAAGCAAAAGUCAUAAA